AGCUAUCAAGCUCCUCACUAACGUUCGGCUAGAGUGGUAAGCAGUACACCGAAAAUCCUGUCAUUUUCUCUCGCAUGACGCGCUCCGAGACGGCUCUGAUCACACACUCCGAGGCCCGGAGGCUCUGACUUUUCCUCAGAUUUGUCUCGUGAGCAUGCAUGAGAUAUCGCUAGGCAUGUGAAGAGAGCCUGUCUGCCGGGCACACAAGAGCCUCCUCAUAAGACAGCGGCCAGCGCAGGCAUAUUUCCUGUCCCUAGCUACUUCCAGGCUCAGCAUGGACGAAGAGAAGAAAUUGCCAACCUUUGACGAGCUCCCUAACUUUCACCAAUACACGGGAUGUGCUUGGGGCCUAUGGGGACCGGACGACGAGCUGGGGACAGUGAAUCUGCUCACGGAGAAGGUCGUUGCGGAGGCAGUCAAGGACGUUAAGCUAGGGAAGAUGAUCUGCUUGAACUUCCCUGUCAAUUUUCCCGGCAAGCCGUGCUUCAAACGCCAACCACUGAUCCACAAUCAAUGGAUGCUUUCUGAUGCCUGUAACGACGACACGAUUUUCAUCAAUACGCAAUCUGGUAGUCAGUGGGACGGCAUGCGCCACUUCGGUGUCUUUGGCGGUCACAACAUCUUUUACAACAACGAUCCUGAUGAAUUGGAACAGAACAAGCACAACACUAAGCUCGGCAUUCAUAAUUGGGCAAAGCAUGGCAUCUGUGGCCGCGGUGUCCUGCUCGACAUGGUGAAAUUCUACACCGAUGGCGGCGUGAAGCCACUGCCAUAUGACCCGUGGACGACACAUGCGAUUCCGGCGAGCGACCUCGAGGCGUGUGCAAAGAAACAGGGCGUCACGUUCAAGACAGGCGACAUUCUCAUCCUGCGUGUCGGCUUCACGCAGAAAUGGUACUCGGUGACGCGGGAGGACCGUGACGCACUGAGCACGCGGACGGAAACUUUCGCUGGGAUUGAGCAGUCCGAGGACAUGAAGCGCUUCCUUUGGAACAACCACUUUGCGGCAGUUGCUUCUGACAUGCCUUGCUUGGAGCGUUGGCCCACCCCAGCAGACAUACCACAUAUGCACCAGACUAUUCUUGGGUUAUGGGGCAUGCCCAUCGGCGAAUUCUUUGAGCUCGAGGAUCUCUCAAAGGCUUGCGCUGAGGCAAACAGGUAUACGUUCUUCUUCUCGUCAUGGCCGCUGAACGUUCUGGGCGGUGUUGCGAGUCCGCCAAACGCUGCUGCGUAUCUGUGAAAGUGUCAGUGACUGGUAGAUGGACGCUGCGAUGAAUCCCGACUUGGUGACGUAUGCAAAUAUUCUUCCAGCCUUGCCCUUCGAGUAUCAGACCGAAAAUCGUUGU